AUGCGGUGCACCGGCGGAGGACAUAAGUUACCAACAUUCAAUUUAACCACCAUCGUAGCUACAGAAGAUCGUCGUCGCUUCUUUGGUCAUACAUUAAGGAGACCAACAGAUCGCUUUGUUCUGGGAGGUUUGUCGGGUUCAAAGUGGAUAAGACCAAAUGGCCAAAAACGGAAGUUCUGGACGGAGCUGGUGAAGGAUGACCUGGGGACACUCGGCAUGCAUAGGCAAUACAAGGAAGACGUAUGUUUUCACGGGAUAUGGAAUAACGACGAAUGGAUUAAUUCUGUGCAAGCUCUCGCAGAAGAUCGGGAAGGUUGA